AUGCUUCAUCUUUCAUCCAUAGUUUACCUCGGUCUAGUUGGCCUGACAAUCUUUGUAUCCGCCCAUCCAGGACAUGAUAUCAAAGCAGAAGCUGCUGAACGAGCUGCAUUCCUUCAAAAUGCCCCCAUUCACGCACGAAGUCUUGCUCAGUGUGCGUCUAAGCUGAAAGCGAGAGGCCAUGAGAGACGGAGUGUAGUGCGUCGCGAAAUGGCUGUCAAGCAUUUGCGUCGCCGUCGUGGUAUUGACUAUGCUGGAUCAUUCAUCAAAGCCCGCAGUCUAGCUGAAGAUUUGACUAUCUCGCAUCACUCGAACCUCACGGGCAUUGAUCUCUCUUCUGAUCCGAGCAUUUUGUUCGGAUCUGGGGGAACUUGUAUCCUUGCUCCUGAUGUUACUCAGGGGCCUUACUAUGUCUCAGGUGAACUUGUUCGAGAGGACAUCGUCGAAUCCCAGCAGGGUGUCCCUCUUUACAUGGAUAUCCAGUUGAUCGAUACCAAUACUUGUGAUCCACUUCCGGAUAUCUAUAUGGAUCUCUGGCAUUGUAAUGCUACUGGCGUUUACUCCGGCAUCGUUGCAGGUGGAAAUGGAGAUUCUUCCGACGAAGAAAACAUCAAUACCACUUGGCUGCGAGGGAUUCAGGCUAGCGAUGGAGAUGGCGUCGUUCACUUUGAAUCUGUCUUUCCGGGUCACUACACAGGUCGAACAGCUCACAUUCACGUUCUCACCCACCCCAAAAACGAAACCAAGAUCCUGGUCAACGGCACAAUAACAGGUCUCUACAAGACCCAUUCGUCAUACGUGGGCCAAACAUUCUUCGACCAAGAUCUAAUAACCGCAGUGGAGUUGACAGCUCCCUACAACACCAAUACGCAAAGUCUAACGACAAAUGCCGAAGAUGGGAUUCUAUCGGAAGAAGCAGAAACGAUUGACCCAUUCAUGGAAUACGUUUAUCUCGGUGAUGAUAUCUCCGAUGGAAUUUUCGCUUGGAUUUCCGUUGCUGUGAACCCGACUGUUGAUCGGGAUGUUACGCCUGCUGCUUACAAUACUGAGGAAGGGGGUAUUGCGAAUCCUGAUUCUGGCAUGGGCGGGCCUGGUGAUGGGCCUGGGGGUGCUCCUCCUGGAUUCUCGGGGACUUAUCGCGACUUGUCCCCCGCUCCUCCAUACUACUCUGCCCUUCUAGCAGAAGACAAAGACCCAAUUAUUCCCUUUAGCCUGAUCCGAUUCUCCCGUGACUCAAAUGUGAUCAUUGGACACUUUGCUGACAGUGGCACUGACGAAGAGUGGACAGAGGUCUUCAAACAGUGGCGACCACAAUGGGAGCAAACUGAGAUGAACUUGCGAGACAUUUGUGAGCGACAGCUUACAGACCCUAGCUUCCCUAUUGACUUUAGCAUUCCUUCAGCACCGGUUGGACGUAUGAUUGUUCGACAGACCAGUGCCCCAUUUACGAGCUGGCAUAUUAACGGACGAAAAUUCCGGUUCAGCAAUGAAGAGAAUUUCGAUGUUCAUAACCACGAGAAGAACUUUGAUGAGUUCAGGCGGUCUUUGCUGAGCCUGUACUGGCCUAAUGAUGAGAGCUUUGAAAUUGCCCUCAUGGAUACAACCUGGCUUGGUAUUGAUAUCGAGUAA